AUGCCCCUGCCAUUUGGCCUGUAUCUCAAGAAAGCCUACCCACAAGAGGUCUUGGCCACUCAGUACGUUCGCGAGCACACAACAAUCCCUGUUCCUAGAAUUCUCGACGUCGUCCCUUUCUGGCGCGAUCAGGUCUACAUACUGAUGACGCGAGUACCCGGCGAGGAGCUAGGCAAGAGCGCAGGCCACAUAAGGAACCUCUCGCCUCGUCAGCUACAGGUCCUCGAGGACACGCUUCGCGACUGGUUCGGCCAGCUCAGAGCUCUCGAGCCUCCAGAUCCGGAUGCGGUUUGCGGGUUUGGUGGCAAUGGGAUCAAAAGCUAUCGCAUCAGACAUGACGAACCCCCUUUUCGCGGUGGUGGGGUGCGGAUACGGGGGGAUGGACUUCUGUCAGAGACCGUCUUGGGGUUUGACUUCAUACCUGAGUUCGACGUCUUGAACUACGAGCUCCCACUUCUACAACGCCUGCGCGGGAGAGUAUAUACCACUAUAUGGAAGCUUUCGCGGCGUUUAGGUCGCGGCGAACAUGCUGCGCGUGUGAUGCCCCUGCCAUUUGGCCUGUAUCUCAAGAAAGCCUACCCACAAGAGGUCUUGGCCACUCAGUACGUUCGCGAGCACACAACAAUCCCUGUUCCUAGAAUUCUCGACGUCGUCCCUUUCUGGCGCGAUCAGGUCUACAUACUGAUGACGCGAGUACCCGGCGAGGAGCUAGGCAAGAGCGCAGGCCACAUAAGGAACCUCUCGCCUCGUCAGCUACAGGUCCUCGAGGACACGCUUCGCGACUGGUUCGGCCAGCUCAGAGCUCUCGAGCCUCCAGAUCCGGAUGCGGUUUGCGGGUUUGGUGGCAAUGGGAUCAAAAGCUAUCGCAUCAGACAUGACGAGUAUGUUGGGCCCUUCGCCUCGCAGAAAGAAUUUCAUGAGGAGCUGGUGAGUGGUUACGAGGCGACGCACGGCGUGAUGGCCGCCGCAAGCCACUCGAGACCACACCGGAUCUGUUUCACUCAUGGCGACAUCACCCCGCACAAUAUACUGCUCAACGAGGACAUGCGACCCGUUGGGCUGAUCGACUGGGAAUGCGCAGGCUGGCUUCCAGAAUAUUGGGAGUAUACGUACGCUCUCUACAUCAGAUAUCCGCGCUACAAGGAAUGGUCAGAUCUGUUUACUCGAGUAUUCCCGCAAUAUGGUGUCGAGCUUGAGGUCGAGUACGAUUUGUGGGAAAUUGCUGCGCCAUGGUAA